AUGACAGGCGAUCGUAUUCGAGACCGCGAGGAGGACUGGGACAAGAGCGCAGUCGCGGUCGUGGAUCAAGGUCUCGGACGCCCAGGCGGUCGCGCUCUCGCUCACCUGGAGGAUACCGCAACUACCGGCGCCUCUCCCCGCGAAACAGAUCAAGAUCAAGGUCUUAUAGUCCUCCGCGCUCGGUUCGACCUCUCCACCGCCCCGCAGAAAAGUCACAAUUCCGCCAACAACCCACUCCGCCCGGAGCUUACCCAGGCCAACAAUUCCCCACACCUCCGCCUCCUCCCCAAGCAUUUCCUGGUCAAUUCUCAGGGUUUCCCAUGGGUGGCGCAGCCCCUCCUCCACCCCAACCAAGCUACAAUGGAGCAUGGCCGCCUCCACCUCCACCACCCAUGGCGCCAACCAAUGGGUUCAAUCAGCAAGGAUCCUAUCAACAAUUUGCUCCUCCUUACCCGCCUCAACUGCCGCCAUACGGCGCAUCGCCGCCACCACCACCGCCGCCCAUUGGCUACCCUAUGCCGGGUGGCUCUCCACCAACAGCGGGCUUUCCCGGGUUUCCUCCGAACCCUCCUUGGGGACAGCCACAAUAUAGUGGCUAUGGCGGAUCACCACACAAUGGACACGGACAGUGGCAGCAACAAGGUGGCUACGACCGUGGUCGCGGUCGGAGAUGAGCUCAAAAGAAGAUCUACGUCUGGAUAUUUGGAGGUUUUUUGA